AUGGAAGCUGAUCUGUGCAAGUCAGCCCUGGUAGAUGCCAUUAUUCCAUCGGACACAGUGGCUGAGGUUUCUGAGAUUCUACAAGCAGGGGCGGAGGUUCAGAAUGACUCCAACCAGCUUCUCGCCAUCAAGGAAAGAGAGCUACUGUUUUUUGAUGAAAGAUUGAGGACACUGGCGGUCAUACGCCUGCCUCAUUGCGACGAAGAUGUCUUGAAGUCAUUUCUCUCACAGCUCUCUUUCAAAAUUGACGUGUGGGCCAUCGAGGAGUCGACAGGCAACGAACAAAAUACACCCAACGCAACACCUCCCAAAGACCUCGUGUACUCCGCAGACUCGAUCCAGAAGAACGAACCUAUGGUCCUGGCCAGUGAGACUGCAGCCCGCGGUCAGACCUUAACUCUGGUUUGGGAGAUUGAAAUCAUUCUCAACCGACCUAGGUUUCGCUCUCCUCAGCCUGCAAUCAUCCUGAUCCCUUCUGCCACCAUCAAUCCUCCUCAGCGGGACGAAAUUGACAAGAAUGACAAUCUUAAACCUUUUCAACCGCUGGAAGCAAAUGCACUCGAACCCAUGCGCUUUCUCCCCGGGCUCAAAGAUAACCCUCCAUACCUGGCUGCUUCGAGGCUGGAACGCGUACUUCCCAUGACCACAACUCACAUGCACCGGGUCCACCUCCAACACGUCCCUUCUCGGCGGCAUAGUGCAGUACCUGCGACAAUGUCACGAAUACGGUAUCAAAAGGUGAAUGCUUUCAGUACAACCCCCGCAACUAUCGUUCUGCUGGAUAUGGACAUCAUUCCGUUCGUGCGAGUAGAUGCUACAAUCGAGUAUGUUGAUCUCUCUCUCAAGAAUGGUAGCACCGAGCCUCUGAUGCCUGGAUUUCUGCCGAUGAAAACCCGCUCAGGAGACUGCAUAACUUUCCUUUAUAGACUCCAUCAGAAGAUAAGCCCAAACCGCGCCCCUGGAUUCGGACCCGUCAAUCCAAACGUUGACGUCCUGUCAAUUGUGAUUAGGCUGGCGAUCAAGCUGAAUGAGAAAUGUCAUCCGGUUCUUGUUAUGAAGUGGACUACCAACGUCGACUUUACUCCGGCCCUUAACCCGUCGUUUGGUCCUCCUUCACAGCCCAUACAACGGCCGAAUCGCCCGACAAGUCUCCCGGUUAACCCUGACAUCGGUACGACAGCCCCCGCAGCUGCCGUCAGCGCCAGCCUACAGCCAGCCUUUGAUACCGAGGCGAGGAGUGGACUGUCAAUAUCUUUCACAGCUCCCGACAUUCCAGUCCGAGUUGGCGAGCCAUUUUCAUGGAAAGUUCUGGUCGUGAACAAUUCCCUGAAGAUGGCUAAAAUUGCCAUCAUUCCCUUACCUCGGAUUCAACGCCAAACCACUCAGACCCAAUUGUUUGCCAAACGACACGCACCGAAGUCAUCUACUGCCUCCUUCCAUCCAAGCGAGCGGCGACACACCAAAGAGGGCGAGGACAUUGAUAUCGCACAGGCAAUUGUCGAUGAAAACGUCGUCUAUGCUAUGCACCACUCCUAUCCUGUUCCCCCGGAAACUGAUCUGCUGGCUUUAACAGCAGAGCUUAGGAUUGGUCCUUUGGCUCAUGACCAGUGCCACGAGAGCGAAAUUCAGAUGGUCGCUUUUGAGGUCGGCACCCUACGGGUCGACGCCAUGAGAGUGGUCGACCUAGUCAGAGAAGUGGAGGAAGGGGGUUCGGCAAUGGGGGUGUUGACCGACAUCAGAGAUUUGCCUGACAUCGUGGUCGUGAAAGCGGCGGGCGAACGAGACUGA